AUGAGGAAGAUGGCGAACCGCUGUUUGUAAACUUUGGGAGUCGUAGUGUUGGACACUGAGAUUUUUUAAAACACUUUCACUGCAUAGCUGUAAAGUUUAAGGUUGAAAACAAAUUGUUGCAUCGUCAGCCUACAUGUUAUUUAUAUUAUUAUGGCGACAGCAAACACCAAGCUUAUACCUCAGGAUAUUCAAGAUAGUGUGAAAGAGCUUCUUGAGAAACAUGUGAAGAUUACUCUUAAGAAAUGGGUCAAAAUGGAGGUUAGAGAAAGACUGGAACACAGAGUAUUGGCAUUAUCAAGCUGCAGACUAUUCAUUUUAUCAGCAAAAGUGCCUUCAAAGCUGGAAAACAGUUACCAUUUUUUGGAGUUCCAGAGCAUUGAAAGCAAAAAACCAAAUCAGUUGACCCUGGCUGUUGAAAACAAAACCAAUUUUUUCCUGUCUGAUGGAGAAACUGAAGAUAUUGAUCACAUUAUAACACACAUAGGCAUCAGUCUGAAGCAGAUUUUUCCAACAUUCCAACUGGAUCGUCUAAUACUGAAAAUUGAUGUUCAACCAGUCGAACGUUUAGAAACAAUGAACAGGUUGAUCAAAGGCUUAGAAAACAAAGAAAUAGGACCAUGUGGAGGUUUUACCACUAUGUAUCAAUGUAUGUGUGAUUUUCAUGGUUUGCCAUUCAGAGAGGAAGUUGCAUGGGAUGUGGACACAAUUUACUUAUCUCAUGAUUGUAGAGAGCUCAGACUUCAGGAUUUUGAUCAUUUAGUAGGAAAAGAUUUAGUUCCAAUUAUUGGUGCUCUAGUGCAUAAUUCCUGGUUUAAAUGUAUAAAUGCUAGCAAUGUUAAAUUGUCUGUUGAAGCCUUAAAUGAGCUUAUAAAAGUGAUAAAAAGAAAUAAUGUAUUGGAAGAAGUGAACCUCAGCAAUACAGGAAUCAAACCCGAGUUUCUCCAAAAGUUUUCCCUGGCCAUAAUCUCAAACAAAGAUACACAGCUGACAUCUCUAGACUUGUCCAAUAAUAUUCUGGAUGACAAAGCUGUCAAUCACCUUUUGGGAGCAAUCAAAAUUCUACCUGAUGGUUUGACCUCAUUUGAUAUUUCCAAAACGGGAGUGAGCACCAAAUGUUUGAAUAAAGUUGGUGAAAUGUUGUCCCAGUCUCCUAAAAUUGUUGCUGGUCUCAAGUCUCUCAAGCUCAGUGAUAAUGGAUUGAAGGGAGAGGAUUUUCCAAUGUUAUACAACUUUUUGGCUCAACCAAAUACCCUCAGCUAUUUGGAUGUGUCAAACACAGACUGUGCUCUAGAUACACUAUGUGAUCCACUCUUAAGAGGUUGUCCCAAUUUAAAAACACUGAAAGCAUCUAAAACAACAUUCACUCACAAAAAAUCACGUGAAGUUAUUGUUCCACAAUCCUGGAAACAAUUCUUUGCCACAACUUGCUGCCUAGAAUAUGUGGAUUUUUCAUAUUGUAAAUUGCCACCGGAAUCUAUAAGAGAUCUACUAGCUGGUGUAUCAAGCAAUAAAAUCCUUAAGGAGCUUUAUUUAGACAUAAGCAGCAAUGAACUUGGCUCGGCAGGUGCUAGUGUCCUAAACUCGUAUAUUGGAUCUGUCAAAGCUAUUCAAGGCCUAGAUAUCAGCAACAAUGGUUUUGAUGCUGAUUUAAAAGUGUUACUUUUAGAACUUUCUAAGAAUUCCCACAUUAAGAAUUUAUCAGUUGGUAGAAAUUUUUCAAACAUAAAACCCAAGUUUAUGCCUGAAGUAAUGACAGCCUUGACCAGUCUUUUACAAGAUGACUCAGUUUUAGAGUACUUGUCCUUGUCAGAAUCUAAGCUAAAGGCAGAUGCCACAUAUGUUAUUAAUGCCCUGGGCAGCAAUGUUUCUCUUUUGGAAAUUGACAUUAGUGGCAAUGCUAUUGGUGACCUUGGUGCAAGGAUGCUGGCAAAAGCUCUGCUAAUCAACACAAAACUACAAAAAGUUGUUUGGGACAAAAAUAAUAUAUCUGCUCAAGGAUUUGAAGAUGUUGCAGAAGCUUUAAGGAGAAAUAUGACUUUAAAAAAAAUGCCCUUCCCAGUUAAUGAUGCAGCGAUAUCAUUACGCUUAUAUCCUGAGAAAACAGAAAUUGCUUUGCAAAAGAUUGAAGCAUACUUGCAGAGGAACCACAGUCCAAGAAGGUUUGCAUCAGAUCAAGCUUAUAGACUACAGCAAGGAUUUCUUAUAAAUUCAACUCAACAGAUGGUUGAUAGUCUUGUGGUCCAAGUUGAGGAUACAACAAAAGCACUGAAGGGAUACAGCACAUUGGAUGUCUACGCUAAGGAUGUUCAAACAGCAGAGAAACUGGUUGUUGAGGCCAAUAGAUCAAGAGGGCUAUUUCCUGGAUUGCAAGAUAUUGGACUUAAAUCCCAAGCUGUGGGUAAUCCUAUCGACACUGAAUUUAAAUCAAUGGCUGAUAAUCUCAAGAUGAUCAUUGAAAAGCAUAUGCAGUCAACCAUAGAAGAGAUGUUUAAAUGUACAUUUAAUAACUGCCCAAGUGUUAUGCAAAAUCAGUCCUUACAAGCUGAAAUUAAAGAGGCAUGUUUGUCUAAAAUUUUGCUUCCCAAAGAUUUUACAAAAGGUGUUUUGGAAGGAGCAAGUGCUGACGUAUUCAAUCUAAUUGGUGAGAUGAACCUAUCCGUGGCUGCCCUGAUGUCUGACAGGGUUGUUGAAGAAGUUAUUAGUUCAUUAGCAGAAAGCCUCAAAUCUCUGAGCAAACAUCUUGGUCUGAGAAUAAGUGGCAUCUACCCAGAAGAAAAUCAAAGAGAGUCUAAUCAUUUGGAUGUUCCAGUAAUUGAAGGCAGAAGGCAAACAGUUUUAAAAUUGAAAACACGUCCUCCAUCAGUUAUAGAUCAUUACAGCAGAGUUUUAAAUAAGCUGGAAGAUGCUGAAAGAUAUGAUGGGCCUUCAUAUCAAAGCAUUCCCAUCUUACUCGUAUCAGUACAUGAUAAACCUUCACCGCUGCUAUUAGCACCAACACCCUCACCAGAUGAGCCAACCCCACAAACAUUGCAACAUAUUACUAAAGCAAGACCUAGAAGAGAAAAAGCUCAUAGGCCAACCAGACCAGUUGUUCAUAUAGGCUCUACAGAGUUAGAGGAAUUUCCUAUGAAUGGUUUUGUACCAGAAGCAGCACAAGACAGCUCAACUUCAAAUGAUCAAGGAAUUUCACAAUCAAAGACCAAACAGCAAGAUCCUCCAAGUAAAUCUGAUAAGAGUGGGCCCAAAAAAGUAGCUAAAGAAAAAGAUACAAAAGAUGGCAAGAAAAGCAUCUUUAACAUGUUUAAAAAAAAGGCAGCAGUUCCUGCAGCACCAGCUAACACUACCUCAGCUGAUGCUAAACCUGGCAAGAAAACUGAAUUGACAAUAGACACUAAAGCUGAUGAAGGUUUGAUAGAAGCUCCAUCAAAGCCAGAAAAUGAGAUCUUACCUCCCCCUACACCCAAAACACCCAAAAUCAAGAUUCCAGUAGAUAGAGUGGCCAUCUUGCCACCAGUUGGUGUAACUGUAUCCCAGCGUACAACUUCAGUGACAGAAGGUGACUCAUCUUCAGGAGUUGAUGAAGUUAAAAAAGACAAACCUAGAGGUACAGAAAUGAAAGAAGAUAACUCCAAACAUCCCCAAAGCUUGGCCAAAGUGCAUGUUGCUCUAGGUGGAUCAACCUUGUUUCAAGAGAUGAAAGAAAACCAACGCUUUUCUAAAUACAUGCCUUCACUCGAUGAGAGUAAAAAGAGCAGCAAUUCAUUGAAUGAAACAAAUAACAAUGAGAAAGAGAGGACAGAUGAGGGAGAAGAGGAGAGACUUUCAUUAUCUAAACACAGUCAUCAGUUGACAACAUCCACAUCUGAGUUACACAAGAAUGAAGCAGAACAUGUUGAUACAGCAGUUGCAGCCCGGCCCGCUGAAGCUUUCAGUUCUACAAGCAAGCUACAGCCACCCCACCCUAGAGUGACCAGUGGCUCCAGGAGGCCUGUAUCCACAGUUGAAGAAGCUGAAUUUGUGACAGACAUUCCUACCUGCAUGACAGUAUCUACACCUGAGGUGUUUUUUUCUGAUGCAUCUGGUAGUAAACCAAAACCUCCAACAAAGCCAAGACCAGCAGUGCUGCCAAGACUGAAGAAAGGACUCUCUAGUUCUGAUGAUAAUACAGAAGUUUCAAGCCCCACAACUCCAGUUGCCCCAUCAGCAGCUAAUCAGGUAGACACAUCAGAGUGUCUACGUCCUGCCAGUGACUCAGGGGUUGUCUAUGAUUCAGCCACUCUCAGGCUGUCUGUCAAGGACAAAAUAAAGAGAAUAAGUCAGAAAAGUGACUCACAGAGUAUUCUCCCCUCUAACUUAAACCCAACUGCUGUACAAAAAGAUGAUGAUCAGCUGAAAGAAACACACCCCAAAGAUCCAAAAGAGGACAUGCCUUUAAUAGAGCAUGUUUUAAAAGAGGAUAUAAUACCAUCAGAUGGGAGCACACUGACAGAUGAAGAGAAGAAAGAGGAAAUAAAACCAGUGAUAUCUACAGAGCAAGAUGAUGAAAUCAUGGUGUAGAUAAAUACAAUAAAUGCAUCCUAAAGGUACAGCUCCUUCAGAGUAGUAGAAAAUGUGACAGUUCUAUUUAUAGGUAGCUGUUGAAUGUAACAUCACAUGUGAGUGUAUUUUUAAACAAAUUAGUAUUGAAGAAAGCAUUAAAAUACUUGAUUUAAAUUUAAUUUAUACAUGCUUGUGGUCAUACCUGUCUCUGAUUUAGUACAAGGGAUUAAAAUGUUGGGCAAUUUUAAAAGUAUUAUUAUGCACAAUAUUUGCUGAUUUUUCUUUUACUUGAAGGGAAAUAAAUAUAUGGAAGGUUUCACUUGAUGAAGAAAGUAGCAAUCAGAUGGUCAUAAUGUUACAUUUAUUCUUCGUUGAUGUUAAGUGAAAUCAAAUGCUGUUACAGUUAUGUCUUUCUUUAAAUUGCUAAAAAUGCAAGAUAAUCAAACAUUCAUACAAUAUUUAAGUAUUACAUAUUGAUUACAUUUAUCUUUAUUUCACUACAAUACAUAUAUCUCCAAUGUUAUAGAUUUGAUUUUUUUUUUCAAUUAUUUCUUAAAUCUCAUAUUACUUAACAUCAAGAAAAUAAUAUCAAAAACUGUUUAUGCAGUUCUAUCUCUGAUGAAGUUGAAUCAAGCUGAUUUACAUUUUUACUUAUAAUAAUUAUAAUAUACUGUCUUUUAAUUUUCUUUUAAGUUGUCCAAUUUUUCAUGUCUUAAUCAAUUUACACAAAAGAAACUUUAAAAAAAUGUUUCAACAAUCUUUACCUACCUAUUUUCUUUUGUUAUUUUUAUUUGGAAUGUGCAAUCGGUUGAGAUGAAAUACCAUCAGUUACUUUUGAUCUUACACUUUCUUCAAAUUAUUUGUUGUGGAAAACCUCAUUUUCUUAAUUUACUUUUAAAAUAUUUUUUUAAAGUUUCCAAGAAUAACCUCUUAAAUAAUAGUUUUUUAUGUUGAUUGAAUGGUUGGCAGCACUUGGUUUAUAUUGACAAACCUGUCAUUUAAUAGAUUUUUUUCAUGUAAAUUAAAUAACGGUAGCUCUUGGUUUACAUGUCAGAUCAUAUCCUUUUUUAAGUGCUGUAGAAAUGGAAUUUACCCAGUGGCGUAGCGAGGUCGGGUGUCACCCGGUGCGGCACUUAAUGGUGUCACCCCCCAGAGGCGUAGCGACCCUUCCCGGGGACAAACUUUCAAGUUUUCGAUUUGCACCCCCCCCCCUC